AUGGAGGCCAAAGUAACUUCACUUGAAGAGAAACUCGCAACUUUGGAGGUUUCUUUACAUGAAAUGCAGAAUCAAAAUAAAAACAAUCAGGAGAAGAUCAUCUCUUUAUUAAAUUCGAAUAAGGAGAAGGAUGGGGGAGACUCAUCGCACAAUAAUGGGGGAAAGGUUCGCAGCAUGAUCGCUAUGGGGUCCUAUGUCAGAGCGAAGUUAAUGAAUGUGGCUCGAGCAGUAGAACGUGAAUUGGAAGAAGGCGAAGAGACUGGACACCGCAAAGGCAAUUGUGAUCGUUUUUCAGGAGGAAAAUCAACGGGUGGUCCGCGUGGAAUGUCUGGUUUCAGACAAAACAAAACUCAUACUGCCAGCACUGGAAAUUGGUGUGACAGAACUGUGAGUUUGUCUUCACAGGAGAUUGCUUACCGCCGUCAAAAAGGGCUUUGUUUUAAAUGUGGAGGUCAGUAUCAUCCUCGCCAUCAAUGUCCUGAUAAAAAUCUGCGUGUUAUGGUGCUUGAGGAUGACUCUGAAGAUGAAAACAAAGUCAGAGUGUUGAAUGAUGAAGAUGUUGAAACAGGUGUAGAAGAAUUGCAAUUGAAUGUGCUGACUUUUUAA